AUGAGUAUCGGUGAUGAUUUAAACGCAAACGACGCGUCAAAAGGGCCGGACUACCUUUAUUCCGUUCUCAAUGUUCCGAAGUGGGCGACUCAAGCCGAAAUCAAGGAGAGACACCGCACGCUGUCGCUGAUAUUCCACCCGGACAAGCAGCAUGACGAGAAGGCUCAAGAUGUAGCUUCGAGAAAGUUCCUCGAAAUUCAGAAGGCGUAUGAAGUUCUCUCGGACCCAUUCACCCGAGAAGUUUACAAUGUCCUAGGUGAAGAAGGCCUGUCGCUGAAAUGGCCGCCGUACUUGAGGGAUAAGGAUACGGAAGAGCUGCGUUCAAUUCUGAAGCAAACAAAAUACGAGCAGAAACAACAGAAGCUUGAGAACCUGAUACGACCGAAGGGUCAAUUCACCUGUAGCUUAGAUGCUAUAUCCCUUUUCAGCUCAGACGCCACUUUACCUGAAGACCCUUGGCAUGUUCGCUGUCGAGAUCGACUCAACGACCUUCGAAUAGCGGGCGUGUUCCUACGGCAUAGUAUUCACAAAGAGAUAACCAGCCAGACAACUAUAUCCGCGAAUGCCAGUGUCCAGACGCGACCUACGUCUGCUUCAUUUACGGGCACCGUACGGCACCAAUUCUCGCCUAGACUUACGUUCGAGGCAACAUCACCCCUCCUCCGGCUUCGCUCUCCCCGUAUACGAGGGAUAUACAAAGAUGGCGAAAAUGCUGUUACUGUCUCUACGGUCUUAACACCUGCGUGGUUUUUGGGUUCACCACCACCCGUCAAUGUCACGUUAGGUCGUAGACUAUUCCCGGAUUCGAUGGCCGAGGGCUCCAUUGCUCUGAAUCUCGGCUCCCCUGCUCUCAAUAUCAGCGUCUUCUCACCAACGCCGUUCGAUAAUACGCUCGAUUCACAGAUUCCGCCUCAAUAUAUGGACGAAGAAUCAAGCAGCCAGGUGAUGUCGAUAUCAGGUCUAAGCCGCGGUGUUCGUUACUGGUCUGCCGGACUUGUUCUUGAUGGUAACCCUCGGCUGAAAGGUGAAUGCGGGGUGAGGUUCGCUGAGUUGGGUAUGCAACUCAAGGGCGGAGUGGAAUGCGGCUUCCAUGGUCCCGCGUGGUUUUUGGGUGGAAAUUGGUCUAGCGAAACGGUCGAGAUUGAUUCCACCCUAAAUGCUGGCCCACAAGGAGUAAUGUAUAAACUCGACCUAGGAUACAUAGAGCAGCGGUUCAGCUUCCCCAUCAUCUUGUCUGCGGAGUACGAUGCUACACUUGCACUUUGGUGUGCCGUCAUACCGUCGCUCGCUGGGUUGUUGAGCUAUCAUUUUGUGGUCAAGCCAAAGCGGCGCGCUCAGCGACUAUCUUAUAUCCGCGCUACUCGUCAGGCAUUGCGAGGCGAACAUUCUAGCCUCUUACGAGAUACGGAGGUUAGUUCUGCACUGCUGAAGGAUAUAGCUAAAAAGCACAUGGACGCGGAAGCUUCUGUGGGCGGAUUGAUCAUCCAGGACGCCCUCUAUGGGUUAUUCGAUGUCGACGGCGAUGACCUAGUCAUUGACGUGACUGUAGCCUUACAAGCUCUGGUCCAUCAUUCGCAACUUUAUGUGCCUGGAGACCAAACGAAGUUGGGUAUCCAAGGUUUUUGCGAUCCUGCACCAUUUGCUCCAAAAAUACUACGGAUUCGUUACCAAUUCCGUGGAUUUGGCCAUUACGCUGAAAUACCUGAUUCCGUUCCCAUAGUGCUUCCUCAAGCAGACCACCGUGUUGAUUGA